UACCCUAAAUUUGCUAUAAAAACUAUACUACAAUUUUGUUAAACAUAUUCAUUCAAUCUUCUAACCCUAACAUCAAACAACAAAAUAACGCAUAAUGAAUAGAUUCAUUUGCACCUUCGCAGCAAUUGUCGCCGUCGCCAAUGGCUACUCAGUAAGUGGUGGUAGUCACGGUGGUAGUCACGGUGGCAGCCGCGGUUAUGGCUCCUCGAUCGCUGGAAAUGCCUAUCAAUUGCUGCCAGCCGUUUCGGUGCAAACGAUUGCUGCGGCUAGAGGUAGCGCGGGUGGUUAUGGUGGCUCGUCGGGUGGUUAUAGUGGCUCGUCGGGUGGUUAUGGUGGCUCGUCGGGCGGUUAUGGCAGUGCCGCUCGUGGUUAUGGUGGUUCCUCUGGUGGUUAUGGCGCCGCGAGUGCACCAUCUGUUGAUGUCAAUAGUUUGCUGGCAGCAAUUGGUGGUGAUAUUAGUGCACAACAAGCGGCUCAACUCGCCUUAUCCUUGCCUUCCGCUGGCGGUCCAUAUAUUGAUACCUCAAUCCAUUCUGGUAGCAGUGGUAAAAGUUCCUAUGCUAGCGGCGGCAAUUUAGCAUAUGCUAUUGCUCCUAGAGGUGGUUCUUACUCGGCUCCAGCUCCGGCUUCAUACGCUGCACCAGCUCCAGCUCCGGCUGCAUACGCAGCACCAGCUCCAGCACCGGUUGUAUAUGCUGCACCUGUUCCAGCUCCAGCUCCAGUCGUUUAUGCAGCACCUGCUCCAGCUCCAGCCGCCUAUGCUGCACAUGCUCCUGCUGCUGCUGUAUAUUCAGCACCUGCACAUGCACCAGUCGCUUACCAAGCUCCAGCACCAGCUCCAGUUGCCUACGGUGCUGCUGCUCCUGCUUCAGCUCGUCGUCCAUCAGCUGCCGCUGCCGUUAGCUACAUCUCGGGCGGUAGAAACCAUGCUGCCUCCGCACCCGCUGCUAGUCUAUGUUAUUGCGGCGGUAAAAAACCAAACACAAUAACUGCCAAAAUGCAACGCUUCAUCUGUGCUUUCUUCUCGGUGCUGGCACUUGCGCACGCCCUUCCUUAUGGCGGUUAUGGCAGUUAUGGCGCGCCAGCUGCAGCACCCGCUCCAUCUUAUACCAGCGGCGAUGUAAUUGUGUCGCAGGACCCCGCAGUCUUAUACAACAUUCCUGCACCAUCUGCUUGGAAUCUAUCGCCAGCUGCAGCAGCAGGUCCAGUGCUAAUCCCAGUUGAUGCUAAAACUAUUUCAGGACCUGGUAAGGCAUCAUCAUUGAUUGGCAUCUCAUCGCGUCCAAGUGCUAUUGCUGCUGCGGCUUCUGCUAAUGUGCCUUUGAAUGCUGGUUCCUACAAGCUAUUGAUUGUACCCUCCUAUGAAGUUCCCAAUAUUGUGGGACCUGAACCUGCUGUGCCCAAGUCGCCCGCUGGUGUUGGUGCUGGUGGUAGUGGCGCUCACGGUAGUCGCGCUCACGGUUAUGGCGGUCAGGGCUAUAGCGCUCCGGCUAGUCAAGUGAACGCUUCCAAUACCCAUUUGUUGCCCCGUGAAAUCUUUGUUUAUGGCUUGUUAUUAGUACCAAUUGUGGAAGAAGCCAAAGAACUUCCAGCAAACGCGAACCAACCACAUACAAUGCAAAGCAAUAUGAAACAGUUCAUGUGUCUUUCUUUGGCGCUUUUCGCCUCCGUUGCUGUGGCACAUCCGUAUGGACAAUCGGCGUCAUCGUAUGGUGCUGCGCCAGCAUCCAGUGCAGGUUAUGGUGGCGGCGCCAGUGGCGUCGCUAAUACAGUGCAGCAAGUCAGCUUGGCCGGUCUCGCCAAUUUGGUGAAUAUCGAAGCGAUUGAGAAAUAUUUGAAUGCGCCAGCUCCAGCUGCCCGUGGUAGCGGUUCCGCUUCGUAUUCUCAAGCUAAAUAUGUUGUAUCCGCCUCAGCACCAACUGCCGGUCCCGUAAUUUCUUCGAGUUACAGUGCUGCACCAGCUCCUGCAGCGGCUGCAUCUUCAGGUGGUUAUGGUGCCUCAGCUGGACCCGCUCUUUACGUUAAUGAAGCACCAUCUGUCAGUUAUACCGCUCCCGCUGCUAGUUAUUCAGCACCCGCUGCCAGUUAUUCAGCACACGCUCCAGUCACUAGUUAUGCCGCUCCUGCUCCAGCUUCAUAUGGUUAUAGUGCUUCUGCCGCUCCUCGUUAUAACUUCCUCCCAGCUACUGUUACCCAGAUCAACGCUGGCAAGACUAGCUACAAAACCUAUCAAACUCCCAUCCAAUACAGCACCAUCACACUUCCAGUUGCUGCCUCUGGCCCUGUCGCCAAUUUGUAUGUACCUGAAAAAGCCGGUUCGUCUGGUAGUUCUGGUAGCUCCUAUGGCAGUUCAUCUGGUUAUGGCAGCUCUAUCAGCUCCUAUGGCGGUUCAAGCUAUUAAGCUUAACACAUAAUAGCGGUAAAUUUAGUUAGUAUUACUAAUUUGUGUGCGUGCGACCAGUUAAAGAAUUUCAAAUUCAAAAUUUUUAUUUGAGAGCGUUUUGUGUAAAAAAUUGUUUGAUACAAGUUUGGAACAUGUUUUGAUAUAUUUGCGUUUUGAAUACCAAAUAAAUUGUUUUUAAGUUGAA